AUGUCAGCCGACGAGCUCAAGGCAGCUGGCAACAAGGCCAUUGCCGAGAAGAACUUCGACGAGGCCAUUGCCAAAUUCACCGAAGCCAUUGCGAUUCAGCCCGAAAACCACGUCCUCUACUCCAACCGCUCUGCCGCAUACGCCUCAAAACGUGACUGGGACAGCGCCCUGAGCGAUGCCGACAAGACCACCGCAAUCAAGCCCGACUGGGCCAAGGGCUGGGGCCGCAAAGGUGCCGCCCUGCAUGGAAAGGGCGAUCUCCUUGGCGCCAAUGACGCUUACACAGAGGGCCUCAAGCACGAUGCCAACAACGCUUCGCUCAAGAGCGGGCUGGCAUCUGUCGAGAAGGCCAUGCAGCAGGAGGCUGGUGGUGGCAUGGGAGGGGAUCCGAUGGGCGGCAUCGGAAAUAUGUUCAAGGACCCCAAUCUGAUCAGCAAGCUGGCCAGCAACCCCAAGACUGCCUCGUACUUGAGCGACCCGUCCUUCAUGACCAAGGUGCAGAAGCUGCAGCAGGGCGACAUGAACGAAAUGUCCGAUAUCUUCAGCGACCCGCGCAUGAUUCAGGUUAUGGGCGUGGCCAUGGGUGUCGACAUGGAGGCUCGCGACUCAGCCCCCGAGGGUGCCUACGAGAUGCCCACGGGCGAUGCGCCAUCGCAGCCCAAGCCUUCUGCGCCCAAGAAGGCCCCCGAGCCUGCACCCGAGCCCGAGCCGGAAGACGAGGAGGCUAUUGAGAAGAAGAAGCUCAAGGAGGCUGCCGACAAGGAGAAGGCGCUCGGCACCGAGCAGUACAAGAAGCGCAACUUUGACGAGGCGAUUGCCCACUACACCAAGGCGUGGGAGACGUUCAAGGACAUCACGUACCUCAACAAUCUGGGUGCCGCGCAGUUCGAAAAGGGUGACUACGAUGCCUGUAUCGAGGCGUGUAACAAGGCCAUUGAGGAGGGUCGUGAGAUCUACGCCGACUUCAAGCUCAUCGCCAAGAGCUAUGCCCGCAUCGGCACCGCGUACGAGCGCAAGGGCGACUACGCCAGCGCCAUUGACAACUACAAGAAGUCUCUCAUGGAGCACCGCACACCAGACGUCCUGACCAAGCUCCGCGCGGUCGAGAAGACCAAUGUCGAGGCCGCUAAGAAGGCCUACGUGGAUCCGGAGAAGGCUGAGCAGGCCCGCGAGGAGGGCAACAAGAAGUUCAAGGAGAACGACUUCCCCGGCGCCGUUGAAUCCUACUCGGAGAUGGUCAAGCGCGCGCCCGAGGAUCCGCGCGGCUACAGCAACCGCGCCGCCGCCUUCAUCAAGCUCUUUGAGUUCCCCAGCGCCGUCGAGGACUGCAACCUCGCCAUCAAGAAGGACCCCAAGUUCAUCCGCGCGUACAUCCGCAAGGCCCAGGCCUACUUUGGCAUGCGCAAGUACUCGGACUGCGUCGAUGCCUGCACUGAUGCACAGAUGGUCGACAUGGAGCACCACAACAACGCCAACGCCCGCGAGAUUGAGAACCAGCAGCAAAAGGCCUUCUCGGCCAUGUAUUCGGCCCGUGACAAUGAGACGGAGGAGCAGACUAAGGAGAGGCUCCAGCAGGAUCCUGAUAUCAUGGCCAUCAUGCAGGACCCCGUCAUGCAGAGCAUUUUGCAGCAAGCGCAGAGCGACCCCAAAGCUCUUCAGGAGCACAUGCGCAACCCCAUUGUCCGGACAAAGGUACAGAAGCUGGCGGCGGCCGGCGUCAUCCGCAUGGGCCGGUAA